AUGGUGGCCGCGGUGCGUGCUCCGGCGCCCAGGAAGCUGCCCGCGGAGGGGACGCUGCUGCUGGCGGCGGAGGAGGCGCUGUCGGACCUGGAGACGGCGUCGUCCACGGGGGCGCCCAACUCCAGCCUCAGCUCGGCCAGCAGCGCCGGCAGCCUCGCGCGCUGCUCCAGCCUCUCGCGGCUCUCCUUCGACUGCACCCCGUCGGCCGCCAUGGCGGCCGCGGCCACCGCGUGCUCGCCGCGCCCGUCCGCGGCGUUCCGGCCCCACCGGUCCGGCGACGUGGCGUGGGCGGCCAUCCGCGCGCUCUCGGCCUCCUCCCCGGCGACGCCGCUGGGCCCCGCGGACUUCAAGCUCGUCCGCCGCGUCGGCGGCGGCGACAUCGGCACCGUGUACCUCUGCCGCCUCCGGACCGCGGCGUCGGCGGAGGCCCCGUCGUGCAUGUACGCGAUGAAGGUGGUGGACCGCCGCGCCGUGGCCAAGAAGCACAAGCUGGAGCGCGCGGCCGCCGAGAAGCGCAUCCUGCGGCUCCUCGACCACCCGUUCCUGCCCACGCUCUUCGCCGACUUCGACGCCGCCCCGCGCUUCUCCUGCGUCGUCAUGGAGUUCUGCCCUGGUGGCGACCUCCACUCGCUCCGCCACCGCAUGCCCUCCCGCCGCUUCCCGGUCCCCUCCGCCCGGUUCUACGCCGCCGAGGUGCUCCUGGCGCUCGAGUACCUGCAUAUGAUGGGCAUCGUCUACCGCGACCUCAAGCCGGAGAACGUGCUCAUACGCGCGGACGGCCACAUCAUGCUCACCGACUUCGACCUGUCGCUCCAGUCCACGUCGUCGCCGUCGCUCGAGCCAGCCGUCGCCGAGGAGGAACAACAGGAGGAGCCGCGCAGCGUGUCCUGCUUCCCGAUACGUUUCAGGCGGCGGAGGCAUCGUCGUCGGUGCGCGGCGUCUCCCCCGCGGUUCGUGGCGGAGCCGGUGUCGGCGCGGUCGUGCUCGUUCGUCGGCACUCACGAGUACGUGGCCCCGGAGGUGGCAGGCGGCGGCGCGCACGGCGCCGCCGUGGACUGGUGGGCGUACGGCGUGUUCCUCUACGAGCUCCUCCACAGCCGCACCCCGUUCGCCGGCGCCACCAACGAGGACACGCUCCGCAACAUCGUGCGCGCGCCGCUCACCUUCCCGUCCUCCUGCGGCACCGGCUGCCACGCCGACGUCGCCGCGGCGCGGGACCUCAUCGCGCACCUGCUCACCAAGGACCCCGCCGCCCGCCUCGGGUCCCGCCACGGCGCCGCCGACGUGAAGGCGCACCCCUUCUUCAAGAACCUCAACUUCGCGCUCCUCCGGUCAUCGCGUCCGCCCGUCGUCCCCAGCGCGCCGCUGCACCGGUCCCAGUCGUGCAAGACGCCGGCGUCCCGCAAGCCGGACACGAAGCGCUUCGACCUCUUCUGA